CCCCCUCCAGUAUUUAUCCAGAGGCGGGUCGGCGUGGCGCCAGCUUCGGGCCAACAGAGGCUCCCUGAGUGUUAGUGUGAGCGGCAGCAGAGCACAGCAGGCUGGAGCCCUGGUACUCCUACACCCACUGGUUCCCCAUGGCCUCGUCCCAUGUGAAGAAGGACGGCCCGGAGCCAGUGCCCAGGAUGCAGCCGGCCAUGAUGAUGUUCUCCAGCAAGUACUGGGCCCGGAGGGGGCUGUCGCUGGACUCGGCCAUGUUUGACCACCAGCAGCAACGCCACACCGGAGGGCAGAUGUCAAGGCGUCCGUCCUUCUGUCCCAUCAAUGAGACGCCGGACAAAGAGAGCGCUGAGGAUUGUGGGAAGACGGCGGUGGUGUUUUCUCUGAAGAACGAGGUGGGCUGUCUGGUCAAAGCUCUCAGACUCUUUCAGGAGAAGCGAGUGAACUUGAAGCACAUCGAGUCUCGAGCGUCGCGGCGAGCCGCUAACGAGGUGGAGAUCUAUGCAGACUGCAGCUGCAGCAAGAAGGAGUUUAACGAGCUGCUGCAGCACCUCAAAGAUCACGUCAACAUCGUCUCGUUCAACACACCUGCACACGUCUGGUCCGCCGAGGCCGAUGGAGACGACGUGCCGUGGUUCCCGAUGAAGAUCUCCGAGUUAGAUCAGUGUUCUCACCGCGUGUUGAUGUACGGGUCAGAGCUGGACGCAGACCAUCCUGGCUUUAAAGAUGAUGUUUAUCGUCAGAGGAGGAAAUACUUUGUGGAAGUGGCCAUGAAUUAUAAAUUUGGACAGCCCAUCCCUCGUAUUGAGUACAGCCCGGAGGAAAUCAAGACGUGGGGGGUCGUCUUCAGAGAACUGACCAAGCUGUACCCGACUCACGCCUGCAGAGAAUACCUGAAGAACCUGCCGCUGCUCAGCAAACACUGCGGCUACAGAGAGGACAACAUCCCCCAGCUGGAGGACGUCUCCCUGUUUCUCAGAGAGAGGUCUGGUUUCACAGUGCGGCCAGUCGCAGGUUACCUGUCUCCCAGAGACUUCCUGGCUGGUUUGGCCUACAGAGUGUUCAAUUGCACCCAGUAUGUUCGUCACAGCACUGACCCACUCUACACACCUGAGCCUGACACGUGUCAUGAGCUGCUGGGUCAUGUGCCUCUGCUGGCCGAUCCAAAGUUCGCUCAGUUCUCUCAGGAGAUCGGUUUGGCUUCUCUGGGAGCGUCUGAUGAGGACGUUCAGAAACUUGCCACAUGUUAUUUCUUCACCAUCGAGUUUGGACUCUGCAAACAGGAUGGUCAGCUGAGAGCUUACGGAGCCGGUUUAUUGUCCUCUAUUGGAGAGCUGAGGCACGCCCUGUCUGACCAGGCCUGCGUGAAGAUGUUUGACCCAAAGACCACCUGCAACCAGGAGUGCCUCAUCACCACCUUCCAGGAGGUUUACUUUGUGUCCGAGAGCUUCGAGGAGGCCAAAGAGAAGAUGAGGGAGUUUGCUAAGACGAUAAAGAGGCCGUUCUCGGUGUACUACAACCCGUACACCCAGAGCAUCGACCUGCUCAAAGACACCCGCAGCAUCGAGAACGUGGUGCAGGACCUGCGCAGCGACCUCACCACCGUGUGUGACGCCCUGGGCAAGAUGAACACCUACAUGGGCAUCUGAGGCCGACACCUGCUUCACCCCUGCGCCCUGAUUGGUUUAACGCAUCAGCGACACAUCCCACCUGUGUUCAUUUCUCUGAGCUACCUGUAACGCAAAUAAGAGGAACGAGGGCACUUAAAACUAAGAUUUACUGCAUAUGAUGUGAAGGUAACACUGUCCGCUCUUAUAAAGAGGACCUCAGCUGCUCCUCGAGGCUUCAUUACUGGCUAAUAUACUAACGCUUCAUAGAUCAGCCCCUCAGCUGCUGGACUCGGUCUUUUCUUUCAGGUAAUGACGCACCUUUAAAUGCUGGGAUCUAUCAAUAAAUGCUUUAUUUAGAGAUGAUUUAUCAGAGUGGCACAGAAAGGGAUUUACUUUUUCUCUCUUGAGUUCGUGCUUUUGUUUUUGUCUGUUUUAAAAAAGAAUUCGAGUAAAUCAGACGUCCGUAAUAAAAUACUCUAAAUGUCUCAUUAACCUGACGCUGUGAUGAAGAUGGCGAGUGAUCUUCAUCUCGCGUCAGUGCUCGUGUGUCUCCUCAUCAAACCCAUACGAGUGAUUUUUCACCAGAAGCUGUCAAAGCCUGAUUCUAACCUGUGGUGUGUGCAUCCAUCGAUCCAUCGACUGAUUGAUGUCAGUUGGAUAUUUGAAGCUACUUUCUCGUGCUUUGUGUCCAUUUCUUGUAAAAUCAGCCUGAUGAAGCUUGUGGUGAGACACAGGUGCACUUAUGAAUAAAUGAGUUGA